AUGCCGAAGGAUUCGCGCGCCAGCGGCGACGGGCAGGCAGCCACCAAAAAAUAUCGUGAGAGGGGGGCUCCGACGGCCGCUCCUCCGGAUAACUGCCGUCGUCCCGUCGGCCGCAACAAAGAAUACGGCUGCCUGGGCGCCGCCGCCGCAGAAGUCCCGCCGUGGAUCCCCGUGCUGGGCCCCGAGGGGGGUCCAUGCUCCGGAGAGGGGGGAGCACGGAGCUGGUCCAAAACGCGCGCACGACCACGACUGCGACGACGGACGACAGGCAGUGGACAACCAAAUGCGACGACGAGAGGGCGUCGUUUGUCCGGCAUGCUGCUGUGCUCUCAGCGUAGGUGGCAUUCAGCCAAGGACAGUCCGUUACACGAGGGGCCAAUAGCGGUGGUGGCCGGGGUGCCCGAUGGUUGA